AUGUCUACAACAACAGGUGCAUUCCUUGCUGGAGGUAUCGCGGCAUGCGGUGCCGUUACCGUCACCCACAGCUUUGAGACAGUUAAGAUUCGCCUACAAUUGCAAGGUGAAUUGCAAGCGAAGAAUGAUGGUGUGAAGAAGUAUCGCGGUGUCUUGCACGGCGUCAAGGUCAUUCUGCAGAAUGAAGGCCCGCGCGGCUUGUUCCGAGGCAUUGGAUCUGCGUACUUCUACCAGGUCCUGCUCAAUGGUUGCCGUUUGGGAUUCUACGAACCAAUUCGAGCCACCGUCACCAAUGCCGUAUAUAGCGACCCUAAGGUUCAGUCCCUUGCUGUCAAUGUCUUUGCUGGUGCUGCAUCCGGUGUGAUCGGUGCCGCAGCAGGCUCGCCCUUCUUUCUAGUAAAGACGCGCCUGCAAUCCUACUCGCCUUUCCUCCCCGUCGGUACCCAGCACAAUUACAAGAACUCAAUCGACGGCCUCAGCAAGAUUUACAAGAGUGAGGGCGUCAAGGGAAUCUACCGUGGUGUUGGCGCAGCCAUGAUUCGCACGAGUUUUGGGAGUGCUGUCCAGCUUCCCACAUACUUCUUUGCCAAGCGCCGCUUGACCAAGCACCUUGGCAUGGAAGAGGGACCUGCUUUGCAUCUUGCCAGUAGUGCAUGCUCUGGCUUUGUUGUCUGCUGUUUCAUGCACCCUCCUGACACUAUCAUGGCUCGCAUGUACAACCAGACUGGUAAUCUCUACCAGGGAGUGUUUGACUGCUUGUUUAAGACCAUUCGGACGGAAGGUUUCCUGGCCAUCUACAAGGGCUUCUUCGCCCACCUCGCAAGAAUCUUGCCUCAUACCAUCUUGACUCUCAGCCUUGCUGAACAGACUAACAAGCUGAUGCGCCGAGUAGAGGACCGGUUCUUGCCCGAUUCACUUCGCGACAAGCUUUGA